GUGAACUCAGUCCUGCAGUUGGGUGUUCUGGACAGUGAAUGCUAUAGGUCAAUAGUGCACCAGAUUUUAUCUAUUUAACCUUAGUCAUUCUUAGGUGUGGCUCCAUCUCCAGCAUUUGGCAGAUUUUGCCUGACAGACAGUUGUUCCAGCACAGCACUUUGAAAGAAUAUAUUUUCAUUUUUUUCAUUCUACAAGAUGGCAAACCCUGGGCUGCAGAUGCUAGGAUUUACUCUGGCAUUCAUAGGCUGGGUUGCUCUCAUUGCCUGCACAGCCAUGCCACAGUGGAAGAUGUCAUCCUAUGCAGGUGACAACAUUGUGACUGCACUGGCGAUCUAUGAGGGACUUUGGAUGAGCUGUGCCAUGCAAAGUACUGGGCAAAUGCAGUGCAAGAUGUUCGAAUCCUUGAUGAAGCUAGACAGUAUUCUUCAUGUCACCCGCGCUCUUAUGAUUAUUGGUAUCAUCCUGGGGGUGGUGGCUAUGCUCAUUGCUUCCAUUGGCAUGAAGUGUACCACAUGCUUGGCAGAUGACAAAGACAAAAAGAAUCGUGUGGCUACAGUUGGUGGAGCUGUUUUUAUUAUUUCUGGUCUCUCAGCUCUGAUAGGUACUUCAUGGUAUGGCAAUAAAAUUGCCAGGGAUUUUUACAGUGCUUUCGCUCCUGUAAACACAAGGUAUGAAUUUGGUCAGGCUCUCUUUGUGGGCUGGGCAGGUGCAGCUCUGUGCAUCAUGGGCGGUGCCUUCCUCUGUUGUUCCUGGCCAAGAAAACAGCAGUCAAGCUAUCAUGCAAAGAACUAUCCAAAAGCAAGAAAUGCAACCCCAGACAAACAGUUUGUAUAGGAAGAUGUCUGAAACUCUACAAACGAUUGAUAAUGAGACAUUUUAAGUGAUUUACAGUUCUUUUAGAACAAUGGACAAUGCACCUCUUUAGUUCUCAUUUUGCAUAAAAAUAUAACAAUAAGUCAAAAACAACUGCAUUAUCCAGUAACAUAGAAUCAACAACGUGCUGGCUUCUCUGUACACAUUGGCAGAAAGCUGCAUGCUCAAGUCUAUCUCCAGAUUUAGAAGACUGUCUUAUAUAAAAGAUUAGCAGCAGUUACUAAAAUAAUGUUUUUCAAUGUUAAAGUAUUAUAAAGAACAUUAACCUCUUUUCUGGCUACAAUACAGUGGGCACACCAUGUCAUUCAGACUGGAGAAGGUCAAUCACAAACACUGUAUAUUAGUAAGCUUAAGGAGCAGUGUCUUCUGUCAUAUGACAACUACAGCAUUACUUCUAUUAAUUUCCAGCAUCUUUAGGUUACAGUCUUCACAUCCUUAGCUCCUUCAUCAAGUCCACGUUUAUUCAUGCCCUUUACUAUGGCAUCCAAAGCAAAUAUGUUCACUUAAGUUCCUUAAUCAAUUAACCACAGUUAUCAAUUUGUGUGGCCUUUUAUAAUAUGGACUUUCAGGUUUUGCUGGUCAGUACUGCUAAACAUAAUGGUGUGCAUGAAUUUCCUUGCCUAAAAUAAUUGACAAAGGAUUGUAACAGAUUUUUUAUCAAAGCCCUUGUCUGCAGCCAUGUUUGAAGUAGGAUUUGACAACAUCAAUGGAAUAACUAUGCUUGCUGCCAUUUUAGAAUUCACCUCCCUUCACUAUGCCGUGUGCUAAGUUCUUUCCAGUACUUAUUGCAUUUAGUGUAAUUGUCCAAGUUGACUUGCCUUUGAGACAUAUUGAGACCACCUAAUCACGAGCAUUGUUUACAGAUUCCUAUAGUUAAUACUAAAUUGGGUUGCUUUGUUUAGGUUAUGAAAUAAAUUUUCCUUGUUAUGCUACUUUCGGUGAAUGUGUUGUCACUGCCGGGCUGUGAACCUGUGGUGACGGUACAUGUCCUGCCUUUGUUUAAUCAGCCUGGAAGCCCAUCAUUUUGCUUCUAGUUUCUUCCUGUAGAAUUAUUGAAAGUGCCACAGUGAUUUACAUCAGUAUCCACCAGUAAUGGGACAAUGCUUUGCUUGCCAAUGCCAGACCAUUACCUGAAUGAAUGUCCUGGAUCCUGUCCUCUCACAGGAAUGAAAAAUUGUCACUUUCACCAGUGGAAGUGACCCAUCCAGAAUGCAGACAUUGAAAAUGUUGGCACACAAAAUGUAGUCAUAAUUUACAUUACAAUGGGAACAGACUGCCUAUCCUAAACGUCUCAUGGCACUGGGAAAUGUAAUUUACCUUUUCUGGGUCUAUAUUUUAUUUGUAUAUUCUGUGCUGGGACAUUUUCAAUUAGCUCAGUGGUAAGGAAAUAUAAUCCUUUAAAGACUGUUCAUGUCUUUGAAUUCUACAUCUCUUCUAAAACACAGUCUUGUAGUAGAAACACAACUACUGUCUUAUCAGGAAAAUUUCUAGUUUGCCACUUUUAAUUCCUUUCACUGUGCUUUUUAAAUCAUGUGUUACAUUAUAAGUGCCAUUAUUCUAGAAACAGUAUAGAAAGGUAUACUUCUCUGUACUUCCUGUCUUCUUGGAUUUAAAAAAAAAAACAUGACAGAAAAAGUAUAUAAGAAAUGCCAAAAUGUUUCACAGAAUUUCAAAACCCCAUUUAGAAUUCAGAAAGGCUUACCAUGACAGUCAACCCUUAACAUGAAUACUUUUCCUAGUGUUGAACCUUUGUGAUUCAUAGACCAAGUAUUGCUGUGGUUUUCUACUAGAGGGAGUUUAGGGCAUGUAGGGUGGUCCCACUGAUUAAGCAGCACAAUGAUGAUAUGAUUCAGGGGAGUAGCUAUUGCUUAUUAGCCAUGUGCUCCCUCUCAGAAAUGCCAGCAGCUCCCUAUUUAUGCUGCCAAGAAAUUCAGAGAAUUGCUCAGCUGUGAAAAUUUGCACAGUUGGCAGAAAAAAGCUAACAUGGUCAAAUAAGAGCAAUCACCCUUUCAUUGCUACGGAAGCAGUCACAGUGCAAGUUCAGUGAGUGGGCCAUGAAUGAAGCUGGAUGAAUGUUGUGUGUGUGUGUGUGUGUGUGUGUGUGUGUGUGUGUGU